CAAUUUCCCCUGCGCGUAAUCGCACGAUGCUUCCAAGUUUCCCCGCGCAGCUCGUCAGCCUAUGGAAGGAAAUAAUGCGAGUUACGCGCGGUUGAUGUCUCCAAGAAGAAGAAGAAGAAGAAGCCACCCCUAUCCUGGUAUCCGUCUGACUUUGGAACCCACAUCACCGCCAGCCUCCGACCGCGGACCAAGAGACUCCCGAUGGAAAACCAUGCGGCGCGUUGAACCCAUGGAGACAUGGCACAUAGGCUCCUGUCAUCUGCGAACAGAUUCAGCGCCAGACUCGCCUUCAUCUUCACCGUGUCGCUCUCGUGCACCUACCUAUGCUACAGUGUGAUUUUCUGCCGCAGCGCGAUCAUGAGGAACCAGGGCCACGAGGGGAAGAGGUGCCCGCCGAGCAGGACCGCGGGGGGGAAGAAACUUCUGGCGAACGCGGGCGACUGCGCGUAUUCGCCGGAGGUCCGCUCCGCCCUGGGCGCGCCGGGCGACGCCCGCGCCGCCCGCUCCGCGCCGGGCGACCAGAGGGGAGCCUCCGCGUCGCCGGGGGGCCAGUGGAGCGACGCCAAGUUGGGCAACGUGAGCGCGGCGCAAAAGUACGGGAAUAAGAGGCUGCCCAACGCGCUGAUAGUCGGCGUGAAGAAGGGGGGCACCCGGGCGGUGCUGGAGUUCAUCCGGAUUCAUCCAGAUGUGCGCGCGCUCGGAACGGAGCCGCACUUUUUCGACAGGAACUACGACAGAGGGCUGGACUGGUACAGGGGACUGAUGCCACGGACGCUCGACAGCCAGAUCACGCUGGAGAAGACUCCCAGCUACUUUGUCACCAGAGAGGCACCCAGGCGCAUCUCCGGCAUGUCCCGCGAGACCAAGCUGAUCGUGGUGGUGCGCAACCCGGUCACAAGAGCCAUCUCCGACUACACACAGACGCUUUCCAAGAAGCCCGACAUCCCCACGUUUGACGAGCUGGCGUUCAAGAACAGGAGCGCGGGUCUCGUCGACGCGUCCUGGAACGCCAUUCGGAUCGGAAUGUACAUCCUGCACCUGGAGAACUGGCUGCAGUACUUCCGCCUGUCGCAGAUGCACUUUGUGAGCGGCGAGCGGCUCAUCACCGACCCCGCGGGGGAGAUGGGCCGCGUGCAGGACUUUUUGGGGCUGAAGCGCAUAAUCACGGACAAGCACUUCUACUUUAACCGGACCAAAGGCUUCCCCUGUCUGAAGAAGCCGGAGAGCAGCAGCCAGCCGCGCUGCCUCGGCAAGUCCAAGGGGAGGACUCACGUGCAGAUCGAACAGGAGGUCAUAGAGCAGCUGCAGGAGUUUUACAGGCCAUUUAAUAUCAAAUUCUAUGAAACAGUGGGACACGACUUCAAGUGGGAUUGAGGAUGCCAUUCAGAAACGGUCCUGCUUUUAAAAUUCCUCCAGAGACCCGUUCGAAUGCCAACGACCGUGGGUGAAAAUGUUCAAAUCACCUAGUCUGCUGAACUGUGGCUUUACGCUGAUGAUAGGUGCCAUUUCUUCAGGAGAGUAAAUAAAGACAGAGGUGCUUUUCUUCGCCGUAUACAGGACGUGACAUGUGAAUUCAUCCAGUCGACAGCCGGCGUUAAUCCAUUAACCGAUUCAUUUACCAGCCACCGCCGACACAAGACCCACGUUUCACGACACUUGCUUGAAUAUCCAUCACCUAGAUUGCUUAUUUAUGCGUCAUUUCCAGUCCAAAAUUAACCACUGGUUUACAAAAAACAACAAAAGAGCUCUCGACGUGAAGUUGCAGCAAAAUGUCCACAAACGAAAAAAGAAGAAUGAAACCACCGCAUCAGUUACGCUGCAGUGAAAUUCAUCUCCGUGAUGUCGACUAAAGCUCGCGGGCGGCGGCGACAGAUUUAAUGAACAAAUGUGCCGUAACUGUAGAAGAAACUAUAAUACAUAGAUUAAGAGCGAUGGUAAUCGUUAACAGUUUGUUGAACUCACUUCAGGGUUUUUUUUUCUUCAGUGUUUUCGUAUUUUUGUUGUGAUCAUGGAAAUAAAAGGCAAAAGUGUUCUGUCAAUAAAAGUAUUUAUUGAUAUAUUUUUUCUGGCCUCCACAAAUAUCUAAUAUUUGUAAUGGGAAUGUUUUUAUACUGCGCUAAUCUAGUCUUGAUGAGGACUCAACUUUUUGUGUUUUACACAUCCACCAGUCAGUUGUGGGCUUUGCAUUUCUUUUUUUUUUAAACAAAUCAAAUCGAACUUGAGCCUCAGGUUUACAUACGGGCCAGGUCAUUUAAAAAUGUACUAUCUGCACAUAUGAACAGGCCUCUCACUUUCUUCUCCUGCGGAAUAUCCAACCGAAUAAAUAACCGAGUAGUACCAAGAAGUUUUUAGUGAGCGUCUUGCGAUA